AUGUCGUUUAUCUUAUCAGUUGCUGCUAAGGCAGCAGCUGUUGCAUAUCCUGCUUUGAUCGCAACCCUGUUUGUGAAUGCAGCUGAUGCAGUUGAUGUUUCUAUCCCCAUUGAGUUUGUUGAUGAUAAAACUGUUAGCACUGAAGUAAAAGAUGCUUCUGCACAAUUGACUACCCCAGAAGGUUCCAAAUUGACUGCACAAGCUGAAAUCUUAGCUUAUUUGUCCGAAAAGUUCCCAACUGUCUUGCCACUUGGUUCUUCUGAAUGGAUUCAAUUUGCCUUGGAUAAAUUCUAUAUCAAGAACUUUAAGGAAUUGUCCACUGAUUUGGAAAAAUUGGAUAGCCAUUUAAACUUCCGUUCGUUUAUUAGUGGGUUCCAAAUUUCUGCUGCCGAUGUAGCAGUGUGGGGUGUUUUGAGAGCUAAUCCUUUAAUGGGUUCUGUGCUUAAGAAUGGUGUUUACGCCAAUAUCUCAAGAUGGUACGCUUUGUUAGUAGCAGAUGGAAGAUUCGAUGCUGUUGUAGAUACCAUGAUCAAAGAUGUCAAUGAAUUGAGAAAGCAAGCCAAAUUAGCAAAGUCUGGCGGUAAGAAAGAAUCUCACAAGGCAAGUUUUGAAAUUGACUUGCCAGAAGCAGAAAUGGGUAAGGUUGUUACUCGUUUCCCUCCUGAACCUUCUGGAUACUUGCACAUUGGACAUGCUAAGGCUGCUAUCUUGAACGAAUACUUUGCUCACCAAUAUAAGGGUAAGUUAAUUAUCAGAUUCGAUGACACUAACCCUACCAAGGAAAAGGAAGAAUUCCAAAACUCUAUUAUUGAAGAUUUGGCAUUAUUAGGUAUCAAGGGUGAUGUUAUUACCUAUUCUUCCGAUUACUUUGAUAAGAUGUAUGAAUUAGCUGUUCAAUUGAUCAAAGAAGGAAAGGCUUACUGUGAUGACACUCCAUUAGAACAAAUGAGAGCUGAAAGAAUGGACGGUAUUGCUUCUCAAAGAAGAGAACGUACAGUCGAAGAAAACUUGAAGAUCUUCAAUGAAGAAAUGAUGAACGGUACUGAAGAAGGUUUGAAGAACUGUGUUAGAGCCAAGAUCGACUAUAAACAACCAAACAAGGCAUUGAGAGAUCCUGUUAUCUACAGAUGUAACUUAACUCCUCAUCACCGUACUGGUACUAAGUGGAAGAUGUAUCCUACAUAUGAUUUCUGCGUCCCUGUUGUUGAUUCCCUUGAAGGUGUUACUCAUGCUUUGAGAACAAAUGAAUAUAGAGACCGUAACCCUCAAUACGAAUGGAUAUUGAACGCAUUGAAUUUGCGUAAGGUUCACAUUUGGGAUUUCGGCCGUAUCAACUUUGUUAGAACCUUGUUGUCUAAGAGGAAGUUGCAAUGGUUUGUUGACAAGAAGUACGUUCCUAACUGGGAUGAUCCAAGAUUCCCAACAGUCAGAGGUGUUAGAAGAAGAGGUAUGACUGUUGAAGGUUUAAGAAACUUUAUUAUUUCCCAAGGUCCAUCUAGAAACAUUAUCAACUUGGAUUGGUCUUUGAUUUGGGCCAUGAACAAGAAGAUUAUUGAUCCAGUUUGUCCAAGAUAUACAGCAGUUGAUUCCAUCAACGCCGUUCCUAUCAAGUUGGUUGAUGGUCCUGCCACUCCAAUUACAGAACAAAAGCCCAAGCAUAAGAAGAAUGCCGAUGUUGGUACCAAACCAGUCAUUUACUACAAUACAGUAUUGAUUGACCAAGCCGAUGCUGCCACCAUUGAAGAUAAUGAAGAAAUCACUUUAAUGGAUUGGGGUAAUGUUAUUGUCAAGAAGAUCAACAAGAAGGAUGAUUUAGUUGAAUCCAUUGAAGCUGUGUUGCAUUUGGAAGGUGAUUUCAAGAAAACCUCUAAGAAGUUGACUUGGAUUGCUGACACUGAAGACAAGGUUGAAGUUGAAUUGGUUGAUUUUGACCACUUGAUUACCAAGGAUAAGUUGGAAGAAGGUGACAACUUUGAAGAUUUCAUCACUCCAGAAACCGAGUUCCGUUCCAAGGCCUACGCUGAUUUGAACAUCAAGACUUUGAAGAAGGGAGAUAUCAUUCAAUUUGAAAGAAAGGGUUAUUAUAGUGUUGAUACUCCUUAUGCCAAGGGCCAAACUCCUGUGUUGUUCACUAUCCCAGAUGGUAAGCAAGGUUCUAAGAAAUAA